AUGCUGCGCCUCGCGGCCAAGCUGCUGGCCUUCUUCUGGAGGCGGGCGGAUUCCCCCGCGGAGGAAGCCGGGCUGGAGCUCGCGGAAGGCGACACCAAGCUGAAAACAGUGCAGGGCGUUGUGACGCGCUACUGCAGCGAUUACGGCAUGAUCGAUGACCUGAUCUACUUCUCCAACGAGGUGGUUGCCAGCAAAGUGCUGCUGAGCGUCGGGCAGGAGGUGGUUGCCAUCGUGGAGGAGAACUGGGUGUCCAAGGGCCUGAGAGCCAUCCGGGUGGAGGCCGUCUCUGACUCGUGGGAAGAUGACGAUGACAUGAAGAACAGCAGAGGGCCAGCCGAUCCCAGCACCCACCUUCUGAUUGGCUGUGUGACCUCACUGACAGAGGGCGCCGGCUACAUCAACCAGACCACGUACUUCCCACUGACCUGUGUGUGCGAAGGUUUCCGGCCCUGCAAGGGGGACUGGGUGGAGGCCGAGUACUGGAUCCGGCCCGGCACGUGGAGCAGUGAGGCCCUUGCCGUGAAACCGCUGCGGUACAAGCGCCUGGAGGAGGUUUGCAUCUCCAGCCUCUGCGGACGCAAUGGGGUGAUCGAUGACUGCGUCUUCUUCACCCUGGACUCGCUGACACUCCCCAGUGGGUACAGCCCCCGCAGACACGAUGUCAUCAGUGCCGUGGCGGUGGAGAGCAGCCAGGCGUGCUACAUGUGGCGGGCGCUGUGCAUCACGCCCAUCAGGAGGCAAGAGGCCUCCUCCCGCGCUGAGGCUGCUGACGAUGCCUGUGGAGCCCAGCUGCUCAGCGACAAGGCGGACAUGGAGGUGACGAGGACGACGGACUUUGGCACUCUGAGAAGAGGCGAGACAAAGAGCCUGGUGGUCUGCAUAGAGAAUAAAGGGGACGUCCCUCAGCACUUGGUCAGCUGCAAGCUGGGCGGCUGGGAUAAGACCAGACAGUUCCGGCUCCUUGCUCCUGGGAGAGCCCCAACAAGGCCUAUGAGGGAGGAGGGCGUCUCAGACACCGGCGUGUGCCCGUUGGCCAACCCCAGGAACCAGCCCUGCCAGACGUUGGCAGGGAGCCUGCUGAGGGGCAAGGGAUGCCUUGUUCCAGAUGCUGGCGCCCAGGAAGGAGGGUGUGCGGAGGAGGAAGCCUGUCCGUGGAGGCAGCAGGUCCCUGAGACAGGCGAGCAGAUCCCCGCCGGCCACAAGAUCUCCGUGGUCAUCAUGUGCGAUGCCAAGGACUCCGGCCGCUGCAGAGAGCUGCUGCUGCUGUGUUUCGCUGACUUCAACAUUGGCCGGUACCUGGACGUGAAUGUGGUCAGCGGAGAGGAGGCCCUGGUCGGGGUCCGAGAGCCAUUCUCCUGGAAGAAAUCCAAAAGCCCCCCAGUGUUGCCAUCCACAAAAACAACCGUGGUGGUGACCACUCAGAAGCGGAAUUCAAGACGACAGCUUCCCAGUUUUCUCCCACAGUAUCCAAUCCCAGAUCGACUUAAGAAAUGUGUGGAGCACAAGAUUGAUGUGCUGACAUUCCAGCCUCUGCUUGCAGAGCUUCUGAACAUGUCCAACUACAAGGAGAAGUUCUCCACGCUGCUGUGGCUGGAGGAGAUCCACGCGGAGAUCGAGCUCAAGGAGUACAACCGGAGCGGGGUCAUCCUGAAGAGGAGCGGCCACCUGCUGGUGCUGGAGGUCCCCGGCCUGGCCGAGAGCCGGCCCUCCCUGUACACAGGUGACAAACUGCUCCUGAAGACUCAGGAGUGCAAUGGACACGUCAUCGAGUACAUCGGCUACGUGACUGAGAUCCACGAGGAAGAAGUGACCCUGAAGCUGAACCCCGAAUUUGAGCGAGCGUACAACUCUGAGCCUAUGGAUGUGGAGUUCACAUAUAACAGGACCACAAGCAGACGGUGCCACUUUGCCCUGGAGCAGGCCCUUCAUCUGGGGAUCAAAGUGCUGUUUCCAGAAGAAGUCGUUCUGCAGUCUCCCCAAGUGACCUCGAGUUGGAGUUGCCCACAGAGCCCCAGGGCCGAGGCCCGGCCAGCCCCCAAGCCCAGGACCGCUGACACUGGGAAGAAGCCCAGGACACCGCCGGCUGGGGGCCACGUUGGGGCCGAGGGUGCACUGGCAACGGCAGCCUUGACGCCAUCUUCAGAGCCCACAAGCGAAGGCCAGACCCCACAGCUGGGAGGGCGGGGCUUCUUCAACGCAACGCUGAACGAGCACCAGCAGCUGGCGGUGCGGCGCAUUCUGAGCGGGGACUGCCGCCCCCUCCCCUACGUUCUCUUCGGGCCACCAGGCACCGGGAAGACGGUGACCAUCAUCGAGGCGGUGCUGCAGGUGUACUGCGCGCUGCCGGACAGUCGGACCCUCGUGUGCGCCCCCUCCAACAGUGCAGCAGACCUGGUGUGCCUGCGGCUGCAUGAGAGCCAGGUGUUGCGGCCCGGCACCAUGGUCCGAGUGAACGCCACCUGCCGUUUCGAGGAGACGAUCGUGGAGGCCAUCAAGGCCUACUGCCGGGACGGGGAGGACAUCUGGAAGGCCUCGCGCUUCAGAGUCAUCAUCACCACGUGCAGCAGCGCCGGACUCUUCUACCAGAUUGGGGUCAGGGUGGGGCACUUCACUCACGUGUUCGUGGACGAGGCAGGGCAGGCGAGUGAGCCCGAGUGUCUGAUCCCCUUGGGGCUCAUCUCAGACGUCAACGGUCAGAUUGUGCUCGCGGGGGACCCCAUGCAGCUGGGGCCGGUUAUCAAGUCCCGGCUGGCCAUGGCCUAUGGGCUGAACGUGUCCAUGCUGGAGCGGCUGAUGUUGAGGUCGGUGUACCUGAGGGAUGAGGACGCCUUCGGAGCGUGCGGCGCCUACAACCCCCUGUUGGUGACCAAGCUGGUGAAGAACUACCGCUCACACUCAGCUCUGCUGGCCCUGCCCUCGCGCCUCUUCUACCACCGGGAGCUGGAGGUGUGCUCCGAGCCUGCCGUCGUGAACUCGCUGCUGGGCUGGGAGAAGCUGCCGCGGAAGGAUUUCCCACUCAUCUUCCACGGCGUGAGGGGCAGUGAGGCACGGGAAGGCCGGAGCCCGUCCUGGUUCAACCCCGCCGAGGCCGUGCAGGUGAUGCGCUACUGCUGCCUGCUCUCCCGCAGCCUCUCCUGUCAGGUGGCUGCCCGCGACAUCGGCGUGAUCACGCCCUACCGCAAGCAGGUGGAGAAAAUCAAGAUCCUGUUGCGGACCGUGGACCUGGCAGACAUCAAGGUCGGCUCCGUGGAGGAGUUCCAAGGGCAAGAGUACUUGGCCAUCAUCAUCUCCACCGUCCGGUCGAACGAAGAGCGGUUUGAGGACGACAGGUUCUUCCUGGGCUUCUUGUCCAACUCGAAGCGCUUCAACGUGGCCAUAACCCGCCCCAAGGCGCUGCUCGUUGUGCUGGGGAACCCCCACGUCCUGGUCCGGGAUCCCUGUUUCGGGGCACUGCUGGAGUACAGCAUCACGAACGGGGUCUACACAGGCUGCGACCUCCCUCCUGAGCUACAGGCUCUGCAGAGCUAUGACCAGACGCCGCCCUGCCUGGCCCCCUGUGUGAAGGAACCUGGGGCCCAGGAGCCCAUCUGAGGAGGGAUACAGCUGCUACACCCCGACUGACCCCUGAGCGACUGUGACCCUGUGUCUGUCUGUCCCGCCCCAGCUUGUGUCACCAGCAGUCACCUUAAUAAAGGUCCCCAAGAAGCUGUG